AUGGUUCCUCUAAAGAAUAAUUAUGCCCCUAAGAAGGGUAAUAAGGAAGGACUUUCUUGGAGAAUUAGAAAUCCUACCAUCGCUGGGCCUAAUGUUGAAUCUACAAGGAAUUCUAAUUUUCAUGUGCAUAAUUUUGCUCUGGCUAAUGUUGAUUCUACUGUCCAAACAGCCGAUGACUGCAUUUUCAAACAUUUGAUUUUUGGAGUUGACAAUCCUGCCAACUGGAGUAUAGCUAGUAUUCGAUCUGAGUUUGCUGGUGUAUUUGACACGCCUGAUCUUACCUUUGACCAAGCAGUGGAGUUAUACAAAUUUGGAAGAGGAUUAUUAGAUGAAAAAGCUGACGACAACGUUAAUGGAAAAGCUAGGGUAGGUUUCUUCGCGUUGAACUUCACAAAAAAGGGCCGCGUAUCACCACCAAGACUUUGCGAUAGUUGUGUAACUAAUAAGGAAAGCGAAGUUAGAGCUUUGAAGUUUCAAAGAAUCUUGAAGAAAGGUAACUUCGUGUUUAACUGGUCCGCAACUUCGGAAACUGUAGCCAUGAGCUGGAUGCUUACUGGAAACACAGAAUCACAGUUUGUUCACAACAAGGGUUAUGGCCGAUUUUCAAUGGCCACGCAACGGAGAACCCAGGCCAACGAUUCAAGGAUUGGUAUACGAAUGCAACGAAAUUCCUUCCCCAUGAACCUUAGAUGGCUGAGGCUUCCGGUGAAGAGAACGAGGACUGGAUUCAAAGCCGAAGACUCUAAUGUCGAGUUGGAGAAUGACGAAAAUAAGGUUGAACAUGGUCGAACCGCAGAGCAGGUAGAGACUGAAGCCUAUCCAGGUGCCACUAACAUCACUAGUAGCCAAGAAAAUAUUGAAACUAACGUGAUAGACAAGAGCGAAGACGACCAAUCCAUCUGUGAGUUCAGCGAAGAUAAAGCUGCUACCCAAGAUGUCGUCAUCGACGGUAUCAACAACAUAGAAUGGACCGCUCACAUUCUCGUGGCCAAAAUUAAUAGACAAUUCGUCAUUUCUUUCGUUAUGCCCGUGGGUAAGAAAAGGAAAUUUCACCCAGGAAGCAAAGUCAAUGUUCAACUAAAGGUCUUGAACAAUCGCCUUGCUACAACACGUCAACUCAAAGCCAUUGGUAUGAUUGCCGAAAACAAAGCGAAGGACGAUAUCUACGGACGAAUCCUCCAGAGAUUCAUACUCGGUGAAGGGAUGGCCGAUAUUAAAGAUGAUAUUGAGGAUCACCUUCUUUCUCUGAAAGAAAUCACAUACAACCAACUACCACUCCUCAAUCAAAAGGUAUACGACCAGUGGCUUGAAAAUUGUAACCUUGACCGUAUGCAACGAGAAGCAUACGAUGCAGUUAUCGAGGUUGUUUUACCAGUCAAAAUCAUCCAAGGCCAAUCCGGAACUGGUAAAAGUUUUACUACCGCUCUUACAUAUAUUAGAAAAGCACAACUUGGCUAUAAAGUGCUAUAUGCCACGCCAACUAAUGCAGCUGCAGAAACCGCAUUGCUCUCGAUCUUCAUGGCAACUCAGAAACUAUUCAGAGCUGUCGAUAAUCAAAUAGUUGGAGUCAAUCCAGCGCCCGAACUUCUGCCUGGGAUUGAAGAAUCAAAAGAGAACUUCGGUAUAGUCCACUUCCCAGCUAACGCAUCCACAGUAAAUGACUUUAUGAAGCGAGACGACGAGAGAAAAGACGACGAAGAAGAUGAUCCCCUCGACGCCCAUCGAAUCUCAAACUAG